CCUCCAUAAUCGAAUCCUUCGCAGUCGCAGGUCAAUCCCCAAUUAUAUAUACUGCUCCAUUGAGCAUUACGAGAUCGUCACUUGGCUUCGCACCAUAUCUCCUCGUUAUUCUCUCCGAGCAUUCAGCAAAUCGCUGAGGUUUUGAUAUCAAAACAAUGGCCGAUCAAAACCAGCAUUCAUCAACCAUUUCCAAAUUCACCACCCAACUCCACCUCUCCCAAGAUCUCCGAUCCCGUUAUGGAUCAUUCCAGAACCCCUCCACAAGACAAUUCACAUACGGAAACUACACAAACAGUGGAUUCGCAAUCACAAACCCCUCCCCUGUUUUCAUCCAAGCCCCAUCAGAAAAAGGCUUCGCCGGAUUCGCCAUCGACUUCCUCAUGGGCGGUGUUUCCGCCGCCGUUUCCAAAACCGCCGCCGCCCCAAUCGAACGAGUCAAACUCCUGAUCCAAAACCAAGACGAAAUGAUCAAAACCGGUCGUCUUUCCGAACCCUACAAAGGAAUCGGAGAAUGUUUUUCAAGAACAAUCAAAGAAGAAGGAUUCGGUUCUUUAUGGAGAGGAAACACAGCUAAUGUCAUUCGUUAUUUCCCUACUCAAGCACUUAACUUUGCUUUUAAAGACUACUUCAAGAGGCUGUUUAACUUCAAGAAAGAUCGCGAUGGGUACUGGAAGUGGUUCGCCGGAAACCUUGGGUCUGGUGGUGCCGCCGGUGCCUCCUCCUUGUUGUUUGUCUACUCUUUGGAUUAUGCGAGGACUCGUUUGGCUAAUGAUGCGAAGGCUGCUAAAAAGGGUGGAGAGAGACAGUUUAAUGGGUUGGUGGAUGUUUACAAGAAGACUUUAGCUUCGGAUGGAAUUGCUGGGUUAUAUCGUGGGUUUAAUAUUUCGUGCGUCGGAAUCAUUGUUUAUCGUGGGUUGUACUUCGGAAUGUAUGAUUCCUUGAAACCGGUUCUUUUGACUGGAAAUUUGCAGGAUAGUUUCUUUGCUAGUUUUGGUCUCGGAUGGCUGAUUACUAAUGGUGCUGGACUCGCAUCAUAUCCGAUUGACACAGUCAGAAGAAGAAUGAUGAUGACGUCAGGUGAAGCUGUCAAGUACAAAAGCUCUCUUGACGCUUUCACGCAAAUUCUGAAAAAUGAAGGCGCCAAGUCACUCUUCAAGGGUGCUGGUGCCAACAUUUUACGUGCUGUGGCUGGUGCUGGUGUUCUUGCUGGGUAUGAUAAACUUCAGGUUAUUGUGUUCGGAAAGAAGUAUGGUUCUGGUGGUGCUUAAUUUUUUUUUUUUGGAGUCAAAUUUUGGGUUUAUAAUAUAAGUAUAGGAUGAUGGCGAAUCUUUUACUUGAGUCGUUGAUAAAUUGAGGAUUUCGAAAAGGCGUUUUUGAUAAAUGCCAGCGAAGAAUAAGUUUCGGAUAUAGAGGGAUUUUGUUUUUCCCGACAUUAUUUCUCAACUUUGAGGUUUUGUAUUGUGAAUUGUUGAUGAAUCGAUGGGUUUUGUUGUUUUUGCA